AUGGCUUCGCUGAUGCCGGUUGCUUCCCAGAUCGCUUGGUCGAUCUGGAGGCGAGCCGCGUACCAUGCCCGGUCCUCCGCGGUGACGCUGGGCCAUUCCCCGACCCGGAUAUUUGUGUGGGAGCGGGCUUGUUCUGACUACUGUUUCAUCUUUAUAUCUUAUAUUUAUACUUCCAUCAGCUAUGAGACCUCUAGAAAACUACGGGUUGCCAUUAUUCAUGGAAUGGCUAGAAUGGCUGCAAUUAUGGCUUCAACUUACAAGGCUUAUCUGGGUGUAGGACUUGGUCCAUUAUCGUUUUUGACGAAGUUUCGGAUACCACAUCCAGGAAGAGUUGGUGGGAGAAUUUUUAUUGACAAGGCAAUGCCCUUGAUGCUGAGUUGGGUCCUAGGUGGUAACAGCUCAAAACUUGAAGGAAGGCCACCAAGUUGCAGGCUCUCAGACAAAGCUGAUGAUCAGUUACGAAGUUGGUUUGAGGACGAUGAUGCACUGGAGCGUGCUAUUGAUGGAGAGUGGUAUCUGAUACCUUGUGGACAAGAAAAUGGUGCUUCGCAACUUAUACGUUUAAACAGAGAUGAGAAAAUCACCUGCAUAAUUGGGAACACCUCAAAUGGGGAUUCUUCACGAAUAACGGUUCCUUUACCCCAGGUUUCAGAAAAUCAUGCUUGUAUCACCUACAAGGAUGGUGGCUUUUACGUGUCUGAUUUGGGAAGCAAACAUGGUACCUGGCUCGCAGAUAUUGAGGAGAAGCGGUACCGGGUACCUCCAAAUUUUGCAGUUCGUUUCCACCCCUCAGACGUUAUCGAGAUUGGUCCUGGGCAGAAGGUAGCAUUUAGGGUAAAAGUUAUGCAGGCUACUCCAAGGAGUCCUGAAAAGGAUGGAAUUCUUCAGGCAGCGUAACAAAUCAUUUCUAUGAAUUCGGUAACUUAGUAGAAGGAAUGAAAUUGUACAGCAUGUGAUUGUGAAUGUGCUGCAUUUUGCAGAGUAGAUGAUAGAUAAAACAAACAACAGAUCCUUCCUACCACAGCAAAAAAAAUUGUUACAUUGUAGAACUUCUUAUACAUCAAUGUGAAUAUAUUGAUUUUGACUAGUUUCAUCAUCUGUACGUAUAUUGGAGUAACCGAGUAUAGUUCGGAUAGUCUU